AUGUAUCCAAAACUAGGUUACGUGUGUGUCUGCAGAGUCUCGGGCUCCAAAAAGGGCAGUAAAGGAGACUGGGUGAGAUUCCUCUCCCCUAGCAUAUACUGUGGAGCUCUGCAGGUGCCUACAUGCUGCUCAGCCCGUUAUAACUUAGCACUGCUGGCUUUUUUUGGAUUCUUCCUCCUGUAUGCAUUACGAGUGAACCUCAGUGUUGCUCUAGUGGAUAUGGUAGAACGUAACACAAGUUUAGCAAAGAAUGCAACUUCGAAUGUGUGUCCAGAACAUUCCUCUACUAUUAAUGUUCCUCACAAUACGUCGGGGAAAAAAUAUUCUUGGGAUGCUGAUACUCAGGGAUGGAUCCUUGGUUCUUUUUUCUAUGGCUAUAUCAUUACUCAGAUUCCAGGUGGAUAUCUCGCAAGCAGAAUUGGAGGGAAGCUGUUGUUGGGCUUUGGCAUCUUUGGUACCUCUGUAUUCACCUUGCUUACUCCCUUAGCAGCAAAUCUGGGAGUUGGCUAUCUCAUAGCUGUCAGAGCCUUGGAAGGACUGGGAGAGGGUGUUACCUUUCCUGCUAUGCAUUCGAUGUGGUCGUCUUGGGCUCCUCCAUUGGAACGCAGCAAGCUCCUUAGUAUUUCAUAUGCAGGUGCACAGCUGGGAACUGUUGUGUCUCUGCCACUAUCUGGUUUAAUUUGCUACUAUAUGAAUUGGAUUUAUGUGUUUUACAUAUUUGGUGCACUUGGUGUAUUAUGGUUCUUCUUCUGGAUGUGGUUUGUUAGUGAUACACCAGAAACUCACUGGAGCAUUUCUCAUGCUGAAAGAGACUAUAUACUUUCUUCUCUAAAAGAUCAGCUUUCAACACAGAAAUCUGUCCCCUGGAGACGGAUACUGGAGUCCCUGCCUCUCUGGGCUAUUGUCGUGGCACACUUUUCUUAUAACUGGACUUUCUAUACUCUUCUUACACUCUUGCCCACGUACAUGAAGGAGAUCCUAAGGUUUGAUGCACAAGAGAAUGGUUUUUUAUCUGCCCUACCUUAUUUUGGCUGCUGGUUAUGUAUAAUUCUGUCAGGACAAAUUGCUGAUCACUUACGGGAGAAACAGAACUUGUCAACUGUGUUUGUUCGCAAAUCUUUUACCCUAAUAGGGAUGAUUGGACCUGCUGUCUUCUUAGUAGCAGCUGGAUUCAUAGGCUGUAACUAUGAGCUGGCUGUUGCCUUCGUGACCGUAUCAACAACACUAGGAGGAUUUUGUACAUCUGGCUACGGCAUCAACCAUCUGGACAUUGCACCAUCGUAUGCUGGAAUCCUCCUUGGAAUCACAAAUUCAUUUGCCACCAUCCCAGGAAUGGUGGGGCCAGUUAUUGCCAAGAACCUCACUCAUAAUAAUACCGGAGAAUGGCAGACUGUUUUCUAUAUUGCUGCUUCUAUUAAUUUAUUUGGAGCAAUUUUCUUUGCAUUGUUUGGAAGUGGAGAAGUUCAGGACUGGGCAGUCAGUGGUUAUCACUUGCACAGAAACUGAAGAAGACAUUGAAAUACCAAAACUGUGCUGAAUCCCUAUGUACUAGAAUUAUGUGUCCAGAAAAGUGCCUUUCCUGCUGAUGGCUAGGAGCCUUCAGAGCUUUUCAGUUAACUGUUUUAUCUGUGUAUCUUUUGUACUGGAAAUCAUUGACAGCAUAUAUAUGUUACUUCCUAACAAGAAACUACUUGAAUUAUAAUAGAAUGGCUUCACGUUAGGGCUUGAUAUCAAAUAUAUGAUCAGAGAAUUAACACUUUAAAUUGAUGGGCUAGGUUCAAUUUCCUUCCAAAUUUUAAUUAAUACUCUUCUGAAUUAAUAAGUAGGAGGA